UAACUCGACUCUCAUUAGCAAAAGGUCAACCUAUGUGGUACCUCCGGCUUCCAGCUCUGAUAGAUCUGAUAGCUCUGAAAGAUCUCUGGUAGAGAUCUAUAUAUAUCCUAUAUAUAUACAUAAUUAUACCGGUAUAGUCGUGUGUCUUCCUCCUCUGAUCUGACAAAUGAUCUGAUGGCAGGUAGCCAGUACAAUGGGCAAUCAAUUUACAGUAUCUUGGAGGAGAGAUAUUACAAUCUGACAUGCCCAGUCUCAGCUGCAAGUCACACGGUGCAUACAAGACUGUACCAAACUGCAAAAUGGUCGAAUUCGGAGUCCCUGGCCAACAAAACAGAGUCAGUUCAUGGAUCUGUCUUCAACAUUGAAUUCUCUCCAGUAGACGACCUGGCAUUAACUGUGUGCUCUAAUAGAGCUAUUCUAUCCUACGAUCCAAGGUUGAGUUCGUCCAAACCAAUCCAUGCACUUCGAAAUGCUCACGAUGAUGCUGUAAACUGUUUAACAUUUAUCGAUCAUCAUUCAUUUGCAACUUGUUCGGACGACAAAACCAUUCGGAUUUGGGAUCUACGACAGCUCAAGUAUAGUAUAGCAGUGCUACAAGGCCACCAAAACUGGGUCAAGAACAUUGAAUAUGACAAGAACUCAGGACGUCUGUUUAGUGUUGCUUUGUACGAUGGAGUGAGGGAGUGGAAGAUGGACAAAAUGUGCGAUUAUACGAGUGAACAGUGCGAUAAUCUCGUCUUUGAAAUAAUUGACCCUGUUCGAAUGAGGCUCUCCCCCAACGGCAAUAAGAUGUUUAUCAGUGAGCGAGACAAUAAGUGUACGGUCAUAGACCAUUUCAAUGGAACAUGUCUCAAAGAUAUAGCUCCUAUCGUUAAAGAUCUCCGUGACAACAUUUACCAGUCGGGCACCUACAAGCUGGGGUGCAAUCGACCGUCAAUGUACACAAUGAGUGAACGAAAAGGAGAUAGUUCAUAUCGAUCAAUCAUGUCAGCAUGUUUCUUUCCUUAUGGUGAAUUUAUCGGACUGAGGCAUAUUGACAUUAGAAAUAACCAAUUUCUGUGUGAAAACUUAACUCUUUUUGACCUAAGACAAGACGUCUACAAGCCAAAAUAUUCAUCUAAAGACUGUCAAAGGAAAUAUUUGAAGUAUGCUGAUGAAACUUCACCUCGAGAGUCGUUGGACAUUAUCAAAGAGAUUUCUGUGAGCAAAGAUGGUCGAAUAAUUGCGUCUCCAUUUGAUAGGGGUGUUCGACUACUGGCUAUUGAUGAGCAAGCUACACCUCCAGACUUAUUUUUUGAUGAUCGAUAUCACAGCUCAUACAAGGAACAGAGCACUCUUGAUCUUCACGCCAUGCAGACUAUGACUGGGCACAAGAGAGCAGUACUGACUUGUAAGUUUGCUAACAAUGAUUUAUUGCUAGCUACAGGUUGCCUUGACGGACACAUUCUUUUUCAUAAACCUCGUUUCUAAAGUAGAAUGUUUGUUUUAUCAUGUGAAUUACUAUAAUUAUGUAGACGUAUAAGUGUGCACUUUUCACCUCUUCUAGUUUUGUGUGACAACUUUAAUAAUCUUACGGUGAAGAGUGUUAGUGUAUAGUGUAUAAUUAAUUGUCUAUAGUUUGAGGUAAUUUGCAUCAAUUAUCACUUUUCACCUCUUUUGGUUAAUAAAUGUGAUCUUCUUUAA